AAUUCCUGGAGAGGCGGAAACAUUGUAUGGAGCUCAUGAAGGGUUCCCUAGAUUGACAGAAUGUCCAAAAUAGAGAAGCUGUCGAUUCUUGGUGUCCGUUCAUUCGGACACCAGAAGGCCGAAACCAUCCAGUUUCACGCACCUCUUACUCUGAUAGUCGGCUGGAAUGGAUCUGGGAAGACGGUAAGAGUGUUCCGCCUGAGAGUGAAACGUGACUGAAUUUUACUGCAGACAAUCAUCGAGUGCCUGAAAUAUGCAACGACUGGUGAGCUCCCU